AUGGUUUCGAGUAGGUCUGGUAUCCUGAUGGGUAUUGGGCAGAGCGAUCUACCUCGCCCCUCCACCGGAAAGGAAGCACAGGCAGCCGCUUUUGGAAAUGGCGAUCUCGCUCUACCAAAUCCACAAGUGAGGCAGACAUACAAGACCAGCCUAUACUGCAGCUUCCACCUGCAUCCAAACAGAUGAUUCAAACUGCACCUGGAACUCCAAUGAGCCCAUAUCUUACAGAGUCUGCCCAUGUAUCCUCGCUGCAAAACCCACUCAAACGCCGAGAGAGUAGGCUGAAUGAGAUCAAAGUGACGGAAUCCGCCUCGCCCAUUGAGGAUAGCGUACAAGAGACGCUGUCACGGAAGUCAUCUUUAGAGACUCUAAUCCGGAAAUCAUCGCCAACUUUAGCCGAAACGUCUGCUUACUCGCCGAAAAAGCUAUACUUAAAAACUCUAAAAACCUUCGAGUCUCGUUUCAGAGCGAGGCAUGAUGUCAAUCAAGAUGUAAGCUAGUUCAAAGCAAUACUCGAGACUCGAAAUCUAAAAGACUGCUUAUAGCCAGCCCACAAUACAGCGGCAGGCGCAAAAGGAUGUUGCCAAAUUCCCAUCGAUAAGCUAGCCCAACUCAACAGUAAGUCAACUUCCUGGUUUAAAGAUGAACAUGGGACCUCGAAGUUCUCCAGAAAAAAUUUCUUCGGCAAAGCCCCUUGGCAUCGGAAAGAGUCUGGAGACUCCUGCAGUAGCGUGGCCAGUUCUGUGAGGGAGAUCCUCAGAGGCUCAACGCCUCCAGGCACGCCAGUUUCUGGAUAUACUGCACAUCGUGAGUUGCGGUAUUGAGAGUCACGGAUUGCGCGUAGACUAAUAUGAUGUUCAGAUAGCACGCACUCUAUCAACAACCAAUUUCCAGGCGGAGUACGUUGUCUUUUGUCGUGACUGUUGACUAAGUUGCUAAACGAAGUCUGGUUAGGAAGCCCAAAGAAUACCAACUCCGCCACUGGACGAAGACACGGCUGACGGGAAAGCUCGAGGAUUCUUUACCUGCUCAAUUCCCCCUACAGAUGGAGGACCUGAGACAGACUCGCUGCAAUCUCGACACCAUGCACUUUCACGUAGUGACAUUCACCGCCGUAGCCUGA